AUGUCUGUUUUUGUUUCUGGUGCAACUGGGUUCAUUGCUCAACAUAUUGUCAAUGAUCUUUUGAAUCAAGGUUAUAAGGUUAUUGGUACUGCAAGAAGCCAAGAAAAGGCUGAUAAAUUGAUUAGACAAUUCGGUAACAAUCCAAACUUGUCCAUGGAGAUAGUUUCUGAUAUCGCUCAAUUGGGUGCAUUUGAUAAGGCUAUUGAAAAGCAUAGCAAUGAUAUUAAGUAUGUAUUACAUACUGCUUCCCCUUUCCACUUUGAUACUAUCGAAUAUGAGAAGGAUCUGUUGAUCCCUGCAGUUAAUGGUACAAAGGGAAUUCUUGAAUCUAUAAAGAAAUAUGCUGCUGAUAAAGUGGAACGUGUAGUUAUUACAUCUUCUUUUGCUUCGGUAGUCAAUGUUGAAGAUCAAGCUAAUUCUAAAAUCGUUCUAACUGAAAAAGACUGGAAUACUGUCUCUUGGGAGGGUGCUCAGAAAGAUGGUAUUUAUGCUUAUUAUGGUUCUAAAGCAUUUGCUGAGAGAGCUGCAUGGGAUUUCUUGAAAGAAAACAGAGACAGUGUUAAAUUUAAACUCACUGCAGUUAACCCUGUUUACGUUUUUGGUCCACAAUUGUUUGAUGAAGAUGUUAAGGCACAACUAAAUACAUCUUGUGAGUUUAUUAACGAAUUGGUUCAUGCUGAUCCAGAAACUAAGAUUGAUGCAAGUGUCGCUGGUAAUUUUAUUGAUGUUCGUGAUGUUUCUAAGGCACAUUUAUUGGCUUUCCAGAAGCAAGAAACUGUCGGUGAAAGGUUAAUUUUGUCAAAUGGCCCAUUUGGUAAGCAGGAUAUUAUAAAUGUUUUAAAUAAAAACUAUCCACAAUUAAAAGGUAAAAUUCCACCAAGCAAUCCAGAUACAGAUGCUAAGAUUGGAAAAAAUGCGUGUGGCGUCAACAAUGAAAAGUCAAAAAGUAUACUAGGUUUCAAAUUUAUGGCAUUCGAAGAAACUGUUUGCGAUACCGUUAACCAAAUCUUGAAGAAAGAAAAUAAAUUUUAA